AUGCAGCGUGAGGCGGAUUUCGAGCGAGCUAUGCAGGACAAGGAGCGGGAGUUCCAGCAGACUGCCCGACAACAACAAGUGCGGGAAAAGGAGCUUCGCCAGAGGGAGGUGGCUGUCGCAGAACGUGAAAAGGACAAAGAGAGGGACUUCCAGGAGACGGCCCGUCAGCAGCAGGUGCGCGAGCAUGAGCUCCGUGAAAGGGAGCGAGUUGUAUUGCAGCGUGAGAAGGAACUGAAGAAGAGGCCGCUCGCUCCUGCGACGUCUCCGGGAUCCACAAAGGUUGCACAGACACCGGAAGAUAUAGCGCAGGUCCCGCAGCGUGCGCGAGCGAAGCAACGACAGCCGCAAGGCCCUUCUGAUCCAGCUGCGUCUCGAGAAGUCCCAGCGCAGGUCAAGCGAAAGAAGCGCGUGCUGUCUGACUACAAGAGCCAAGAUGAGCAGAGGUGGGGCUGGUACCAGCAUUCCGCAGAGAGGAAGCGUGAAAGUUUGGCGGCGACAGAACCACUGUCGCAGCCACAAACUCCUGGCGAAGAGCAGGAGCCGGCGGAAGUUCUAGAAGACUCGAGAGCGCCUUGGCACUCUAGGCUUGGGCAAGAAGCACCAGGAAAAGGCUGCAUGACACUGGACCUGGGAGAGCUGUUGGAUGCAGUUUCCAAAGGCCUUGACCCUUUGGAGGUGGAGCAGACGAAGCGCCAGAAGCAACAGAGCCAGGACUUUGCUUCGGCUGAGGCGGAGGGUGGAGACGAAGACCUCUCUGAGCCUGAAGCGCCUGAAGAAAUCAACUGGAGCUGUGACGAGGCAGAGGUGGAGGAAGUGCCGCAGGCUGUGCCAAAGCCGCAGCCUACACCUCCUGUGCCUCGCGAAGAAGAUGCCCUGCAGCCACCGGCCGAGGACAUAGCUCCUCAAGAGCCAGCGAGGCUCAACCAGUCGGUUCCGGCCAGACCGCUUUUGAUAGAAAGGGGCUCCAUUGCCACCUCAGAGGUGGAAGAAGACCUGAAUAAAAUGUCAGAGGACCCUCACGAUCUGCACCUCCAACCUGAAACGGAUGCUGCCGACCAAGCUGACGUGCACGCGUCACAGGAGCCUCUUGCUCCGACCGAUGGGGCUCUGGAUAUGGAGGAGGCGUCUCCUGCAGCCCUAGAGCCGCCGGAGCCCGUGCUCACAGGUCGCCAGAAGAAGCAGAAGUGGAUGGAAAAGAAGUUCCCGGGCCUCCCCGUGAAGGGUGCCUCGAAAGGUGGCCGGAAAGGGCCGAAGCCGCCGCGCGCGGAGGCCAAGGCGCCUCCUUCCGAAGGAGGAGUGGGCAUACCGGCCCUUGCCAACUCGAAGAGUUGUGGAAGGCUACUCUAA